AUGGUUGGUGAAGCUUUUAAUGAAAAUUUGGAAACGAUUUUGAAACAUUUGGAGAGUGGGCAAGUGUCGAGCAUUGGUAUUCAUGGUAUGGGUGGUGUGGGCAAAACGACACUGGCAAAGCACAUUCACAAUCAACUCCUCCAAGACCCUCAGGGACGUGUGAUUUGGGUUACAGUCUCUCCAGAAUUUAGUGUUACGAAGUUACAAGAUAAAAUAGCUCGUUUCAUAGGUCUGGACUUUGGGGGUGAGGAUAAUGAAGACAUAAGGGCAGCGAGACUCCAUACAACUUUGUCUGAGAUGAAGAAUUCAGUGCUGAUAUUAGAUGAUGUGUGGGAAAAUAUUGAUUUUUUAAAGUACGCGAAGCUAAAAUUAUGUAUCGUUUUUUGUGUAGGGUUACUGAGGCAGCCGAAAUGGGGUCAUCUAAGAGAUCUGCACAGGGCAAUUAAACUCUGUGAACCAGCUCUGAUUUCCGGGGAUCCGACUGUCAUGCCACUCGGACACAACCAAGAGGCUCAUGUUUUCAGGUCGAAAAAUGGAGCUUGUGCAGCUUUUCUUGCAAACUACGACCAACAUUCAUAUGCAACUGUCUCCCUCUGGAAUAGGCAUUACAACUUGCCUCCCUGGUCCAUCAGCAUCCUUCCCGACUGCAAGAACACUGUUUACAACACGGCUAGGAUUGGUGCUCAAAGUGCACAAAUGAAGAUGACCCCUAUCAAUAGAGGAUUUAACUGGCAAUCAUAUAUUGAAGAUACGGCAUCAUCGCACGAUGAGCGUUCGUUUACACUGGUUGGAUUGAGGGAGCAGAUCAAUACAACCUGGGAUAAAUCUGAUUAUCUGUGGUAUACUACAGAUGUGAGGGUCGAUUCUCAUGAAGGGUUUCUGAAAGGCGGCAAGUGGCCUGUUCUUACUGUCAAUUCUGCUGGCCAUGCCUUGCAUGUAUUCAUCAAUGGUCAAUUAUCAGGAACUACCUAUGGAAGUCAAGAUAGGCCUAAGUUAACUUUCAGUAAAGGUAUGAAUCUAAGAGCAGGUGUUAACAAAAUCUCUCAGCUGAGCAUUGCGGUUGGGCUCCCGAACGUGGGGCCUCAUUUCGAGACGUGGAAUGCUGGCGUCCUAGGCCCUGUUUCACUCAGUGGCCUUAACGGAGGGAGAAGAGACUUGACAUGGCAGAAAUGGACUUACAAGGUUGGUCUGAAGGGGGAAUCUCUAAGUCUUAAUUCUCUCAGUGGAAUCUCGAACGUUGAGUGGGUUGAAGGAUCCUAUGUUGCACAAAGGCAGCCAUUAACAUGGUACAAGACUACUUUCAAUGCUCCGGGAGGAAACGAGCCGUUGGCUUUAGAUUUGAACACGAUGAGUAAAGGUCAGAUAUGGAUCAAUGGUGAGAGCAUCGGGCGCUACUGGAAUCAGUACAAAGCAUCCGGCAGCUGUGGUGAAUGCAACUAUGCCGGUUGGUUCAAUGAAAAGAAAUGCCUAAGAAACUGCGGCGAAGCUUCUCAAAGAUGGUACCAUGUUCCUCGCUCGUGGCUCCGUCCAACUGGCAAUCUUCUCGUUGUCUUUGAGGAAUGGGGAGGUAAUCCAAGCGGCAUCACUCUAACGAAACGAGAAGUAGCAAGCGUAUGCUCGGACAUAUACGAGUGGCAGCCAACCCUAGUGAACUAUCAGCUACAAGCAUCAGGAAAAGUGGACAAACCAUUGAGGCCCAAAGCUCACCUCUCUUGUGAUGCAGGGCAGAAGAUCUCAUCCAUCAAAUUUGCUAGCUUCGGAACGCCUCAGGGCUCUUGUGGUAACUUUCGACAAGGAAGCUGCCACGCGUUCCAUUCCUACGACGUUUUUGAGAAGUACUGCAUCGGCCAAACUUCUUGCACGGUGCCCGUGACACCCCAGAUCUUUGGAGGUGACCCAUGUCCAAGUGUGAUGAAAAAGCUCUCCGUGGAGGUCGUCUGCAGUUGAGUGAUUAUGAGACGCGCUAGCUGCCGUGGUGCAGGUGUUCGUCGUGCUUUAGAUGUGAUUGUUUUUUCUUGGGGGCUUUGGUGAGUGAAGUUGUGCAUACAUACAACACACUGUCAAGUCCAGAGCCUCUGAAGAUUUUCUAGGUAAUCAUUUGUAUGUAUAUAGCUAUACUUUGAUUUUUCUGCAAAUGUAAUCACGGAGAUGGGAUGGAGUGUGCGUCGAGACGACAAAGUGAGUCCGCGCAUACGUUCAUCUCUUCGUGCUUCGACCAAGAUGCAAGCUACCUUUGCUUUGCAAGAUUUGGAGAUUUGUAUGUUUGAAUGUGAAUGGAGCAAUUAUUCAUUGCUUCACUUCUCUAUAAAA